AUGUCUUCUUUAAAAGUAGACGACUGGGUGUUCUCAACGCCACCUCCGGCCCAGUUCAUUGGAAACUCACCGGUCCAGAGAAAGAUAAUAACACCCCGUCCCCCAAGAGAAAAGACAAUAUCUUCACCUCUUCCAAGCAACCUCACUACUAUCGGUUCUCCGCCUACUGAUCAUCCGUCCGCUGUCGAGACUUUCCUUGCUAACCAAGCUACUUAUCGGAGUGAAGCCCCCUUGUACGAUCUUGAAAGCAUGGAGAAAUGGGUGCGCCAGCACUUCAACGAAAUUGCAUUUCGAAAGGGCCAGUUUAUUGGAUACUCUGCACUCAGAGGGAAACUGUUAGUCCGCUAUCCAGAACAACCAAGGAAGGAAGUGAACAAAAUAAUCAACGUAAUCUCAAGGGAAUAUCUGGAUACACGUGAAACAGCCACGGAUUUGUCCAUUUCGCCAGCAAGGAACCCCAAAACACAAAAACAGUUGCACUCCCCAAAGAAAUCUCCAAAGAAGUCCCCGAAGAAAUCUCCGAAGAAACAUUUAAAGAAGCAAUCGACGGGAGAAACACCAACAAAAAGAGAGACUAAGGAUGCCGCUCCCAUCAGACCAAAAACUCCGGAACCUGCUUUCGAGAUAUAUGACUCAGCAUAUUCUGAAGAUAAUGAGUGCCCAGAACCCUCUCCAGUAUCCGCAACGUCGGCUCUAAAUGCCUAUCUAGAGCUUUCAGAUGGCUACUAUUCAACAUCAGAUAUCGAGACACUUAGGGUACCGACACCUAGGAGCAUAGAAGAUUAUUCGGGUGCUUCUUUCCCCAGAGAAUACAAGACCUCACAUCCCAAAAUCUCAGAAUUGAAUUCAUUCCUUCAAAACCUGAAUAUAUCUGAUAGGGCCGUAUACUCAGAGGCCACAUCUACUCCGUCUACCCUAGAGCUUCAACUUGAUUUACUUCAUGUUGAAUACGAAUUAGGAAACAAAGGAGAAUCUGCGAUCCACAACGCCAAAAAUGCUGUUGUGUUCUCGGGGAGUAUCCUAGAUCAUUAUGGUCACGAUAUACUUCCACAGUAUGGAUUACUCGGAGGCUGUUCUUUGGCAUCUUCACCUAAAGUGGCUGAUCCAAGACUCUUCUUGAACACUAAUGUCCCGUUUUCUGCAUUCAUAUGUGGCGUUCAAGGUAGUGGGAAAUCUCAUACAACGGCUUGCAUAAUCGAAAAUUGCCUCAUCCAGUCACCAAUACUUGGAAAUCUCCAAAAGCCGCUUUCGGCUCUGGUUUUCAAUUAUUCGGAAUAUACCUCCCGGUCAAACUUUCGACCAAGUGAGGUCGCGUUUCUGGCAUCGCCAAAUCAGCAGCGUCUCGGCAAUCUGAAGGCGAAGAAAGUCAAUGUUCUGGUAUCACCAUCCAACUAUCUCUCCCUAAACAUUCUAUACAGUCAGAUUCCUGGUGUUACGGUCCAACCUUUUAAGCUCCGACCUAAAGACCUCAACAUUAGUACCAUGCUGACCUUGAUGUCUGUCGACAACACACAUGCUGCACCCCUCUACAUGGGGACGGUGACCAAGGUUCUGAGAGAAAUGGCAGCCGAGUCAGCUACCAGCUUUGACUAUCUAGAAUUCCGACGACGCCUAGAUGAGGCCGGGCUGGAGAGGAAGCAGUUAGAGUUCCUGAACCAACGGCUCGAUCUCCUCGAUUCGUUUCUCGACUUGGAAAACAAGACCACAAGCCCUGAGUUCAGAGCAGGCGAAAUCACGAUUAUUGACCUCUCUUGCCCAUUCUUGGACGCCAGCACAGCUUGUGUUUUGUUCAAGGUUGGGAUGGGCCUGUAUCUAGAUUCUGACUCCACACUUGGUAAACUGAUCGUGCUUGAUGAGGCACAUAAAUACAUGACCGACACCCCGGCAGCCAAAGCCCUCACCGAAUCCCUCCUAUCCGUGAUCCGCCAACAGCGUCACUACGGUGCCCGCGUGUUGAUCGCAACACAAGAACCCACCAUCUCUCCCCGUCUCAUGGACCUCUGUUCCAUGACCGUGAUCCAUCGUUUCUCGAGCCCAGAAUGGCUGAGCGUGUUACGGAAGCACGCACCGAUCCCCGAAGAUGAAAAGCCGAAGGAAGAAGAUGGGGAAGGAACACUCUUCAGAAAAAUUCUGACGUUGAGGACGGGUGAGGCAUUGGUGUUUGCGCCGAGCGCGGUGAUGGCGACAUCUUGCGGCGAGGGGGAGAGAGGGGCGGACUGGAGAACGGCGGCGGAUAAACUGAUCAGGGUCAGGAUGAGGAAGAGAGUCACUUGGGAUGGCGGAAGAUCUAUUGUCUGUGUCUGA